UAAACCUGCCCUAAUUUCCACCACCCUGGUUGCACACCCGGCCAAAGGAAAGUAUUCCGAGCAGAACAAUAUUAUUAGAAUUCGACUUCAUCAUCUCGCAGUCAUCUCGUCCCGUCCACUCCAAAACCCUUGCUUCUUUUCUCCCGUAUUUUUCCCUGUCUUCUAAAAAACAACCCAAACCGCAAAAAUGGACGCCAUCAAGAAGAAAAUGCAGGCUAUUAAGCAGGAGAAGGAUCACGCCAUGGAUCGCGCCGACGCGAUGGAGCAGACCGCGCGGGACGCCAACGUGCGCGCGGACCGCGCGCAGGAUGAAGUCGAUUCUCUGAAGAAGCGAAUUCUGCAAGUCGAGCAGGAAUUUUCCCAAGCGAAACAAACCCUGGAAACGGUCACGACCACGUUGGAAACCAAGGAGAAGACGUUGCAAGCCGCGGAAACGGAGAUGGCCUCGCUCGGCAGGAAGGUGCAAGGAAUUGAGGAAACUUUCGAAAAAACGGAGGAAAAUUUGAAAAAGACGGAACUCUCGUUGGAAACCACGGCCCAGUUGCAUGACGAUUCCGAACGUAUGCGAAAAGUGUUGGAAAAUCGUGCAGUGACGGAUGACGAGAGGAUGAAGGAUUUGGAAGCGAAGGUGAAGGAGGCGACCGGUCUGGCAGAAGAGGCGGAUCGAAAAUACGAUGAAGUUGCCAAAAAGCUCGUCAUGGUAGAGCAGGACGUCGAAAUGGCUGAGGAUCGCGUCUCAUCCGGAGAAACCAAAAUCCUCGAGUUAGAGGAGGAAUUAAAGGUUGUCGGAAACAACUUGAAAUCUCUCGAAGUUUCUGAAGAAAAGGCCAACCAGCGAGAAGUUGAUUAUAAGAAACAGAUUAAAGUUUUGUCCACCAAGUUGAAGGAGUCUGAGGCUCGUGCCCAAUUUGCGGAAAAUACGGUGCAGAGACUACAAAAGGAGGUGGAUCGUGUGGAAGGAGAGUUGACCAAUGAACAAGAAAAAUACAAAGGAAUCAUUGGCGAGUUGGACGCCACCUACUCAGAAAUGACCGGCUAUUAG